GAACACUUUUCUCCCAGUUUUAAACUAGAAACUCAUCAACCAAGGAAUGGAUGUACUUUGAAGUUUUUAAAGAUGUCGAAUAAAAAAUUAGUCCUUUUAGCUUUUUUUGUGUUCUUCUCGUAUUUUGUUUACGUCGAUGCAGAUCUGAACUUACAAGAAAAUCCCACUGAUGGAAUUAGAAAAUUCCAACAACAUAUUACUGUCGACGAUUUUAUAGAUGACGAAAUCCAUUCUCUUCAAAGAGCUGAUUGCGGUUGUACGAAUGGAAAAUGUGUAGAAGAAGACGGAAAAGUAGUUUGCAAGUGUAAUCCUGGAUUUGGCAAUUACACCAGGUCCUAUUGCAAAGCUUGUGGAUGCGGGCCAGAUUCAAAUUGUAUCUGGGUAUCAACAGGGUGGAUUUCAUCUAAAAAAGUAUGUCUAUGCAAACCAGGAUAUAAAGAAGAGAAUGAAAAGUGCGUAGGUCCUUGCACUGAAAAUCCAUGCAAGAACGGAGGUACCUGCAAAGAUACAAAAAGUGGUUACGAGUGUAUAUGUACUUCCAGUUACACAGGCAAAGAUUGUACAACGAGAGCUACUCCAUGCUCGUCCAAUCCUUGCAAGAAUGGAGGGAAGUGCACAGUUUCAGGAAAGAAUUACGCUUGUAAUUGUAUAAAACCAUACAGUGGGCCAACUUGUGAAAAAAGUCCCUGCACCUCCAAUCCUUGCAAAAAUAAUGGAACAUGCGCAAUAGAUGGGCAAGGAUUCAAGUGUUCAUGCUCGGGACCUUGGAGAGGAAAAACUUGUGAACAAAGUCCUUGUGACAAGAAUCCGUGUCAGAACAAUGGAACAUGCAAUAUUGGUAAAAUAAUCUACACUUGUACGUGCAAGCCUCCAUAUAGUGGACCAAAAUGUGAAAAUGGACCUUGUGACAAGCAACCGUGUCUGAACGGAGGAACAUGCAAAGUCGGCAAAAAAGGAUACACUUGCACAUGCAAGUUACCCUAUAGUGGACCACAAUGUCAAAAUGGUCCAUGUACUUCAAAUCCAUGCCAGAACAACGGAACAUGCAAAGUGGAAGGGAGCGGUUAUCAGUGCAUUUGUGAGAAGCCAUUCAAUGGAACAAACUGUGAAAUAGGACCAUGCUCUUCAAAUCCUUGUCAAAAUAAUGGCACAUGCUCAGUGGUUGGUCUGAAAUAUAAAUGUGGAUGCAAACCUCCUUUCAGUGGCAAAAACUGUGAAACGGGCCCAUGCUCAUCAAAUCCGUGUCAAAACGGAGGGAAGUGUACUGUGGAUGGACAAAAUUUCAAAUGCGCAUGCAAAUCACCUUUCAGUGGGAAAACUUGUGAAACAGGCCCAUGCUCAUCAAAUCCGUGUCAAAACGGAGGGACGUGUACUGUGGAUGGACAAAAUUUCAAAUGCGCAUGCAAAUCACCUUUCAGUGGGAAAACUUGUGAAACAGGCCCAUGCUCAUCAAAUCCGUGUCAAAACGGAGGGACGUGUACUGUGGAUGGACAAAAUUUCAAAUGCGCAUGCAAAUCACCUUUCAGUGGGAAAACUUGUGAAACAGGCCCAUGCUCAUCAAAUCCGUGUCAAAACGGAGGGACGUGUACUGUGGAUGGACAAAAUUUCAAAUGCGCAUGCAAACCUCCUUUCAGUGGGAAAACCUGUGAAACAGGACCAUGUUCAUCAAAUCCAUGUCAGAACAAUGGAAAGUGUGAAGUAGAAAAAAUGAGUUUCAAAUGUGUUUGCUCUUCUCCAUUUUCUGGAAAGUUAUGUGAAACUGGCCCGUGCUCGUCCAAUCCUUGCCAGAAUAAUGGAAAUUGUACGGUUGAUGGACAGAGUUUCAAAUGCAAAUGUCCACAACCGUACGAAGGAAAAAAAUGUGAAAUAAGUCCUUGCUCGUCAAAUCCUUGCCAAAACAACGGGACGUGUAAUGUAACUAGUCGAGGUUUUGAAUGUGUAUGUAAGCCGCCUUAUACAGGAAAUUUAUGUCAAGAGGGACCCUGUUCGUCAAAUCCCUGUCAAAACAGCGGCGUCUGCCAAGUAGAUGGGCUAAAAUACAAAUGUCAGUGUAAACAGCCAUUCAGUGGUCUUAACUGCGAAAUCGGACCUUGCUCGUCCAAUCCAUGCUCGAAUAAGGGGAAGUGUAAAGUGGUUGGAAUGGAUUUCAAGUGUGAUUGCCCCUCUCCAUAUGAAGGAAAGCAAUGUGAAAAAGAUCCUUGUACAUCAAAUCCAUGCAUGAAUAAUGGCAGCUGUACAGUCAAAGGAAACAGUUUUAUAUGUGCGUGCAAGAAUCCUUUCUCUGGAGAUAGGUGUGAAAAGGAUCCAUGUUCAUCUAGUCCUUGUCGUCAUGGUGGUACGUGUACAAUUAAAGGGAAUUCCUUCUCCUGCGACUGUCCCGAAGAUCGCGUUGGAAACAUAUGUCAACAUGUGUGUGAUUGUAAAAAUGGAAAAUGUCGAGUAACAGCUGACGACGAAGUGCUUUGCGAAUGUCUUCCUGAAUACGGUAAAAAGUCAGACGUCUGCGAAGCUUGUGACUGUGGUACUGGAGCUAACUGCACUUGGGAAGGCGGAAUAAUUUUUGGUAUAGGAACGAAAAAGUACUGCCUGUGCCCCGAUGGUUCCAAAUUAAAAGAAAAACAUUGUGAAGAUCCAUGCAACAGCAGCCCUUGUUUACAUGAAGGAAAAUGUGAAGUCAUUGGAAAAAUUUUCAAAUGCGUGUGCAAACCACCUUACACGGGACCAACUUGCAAAGAUGAUCUUUGCACGGAGAAUCCAUGCUUGAACGGUGGAACCUGCAAGAUCAACGGAACGUCAUUCCAAUGCAACUGCAAAACUCCCUAUUCUGGAAAACUGUGUGAAAAAGACCCUUGCACAAAUAAUCCUUGUGAGAAUGGAGGCAAUUGUAGACUGGAGGGUAACUCUUUCAAAUGUAAUUGCACCAGGCCGUAUUUUGGAGAUAAAUGCGAGAAAGAUCCAUGCACUGAAAAUCCUUGUCAGAAUGGAGGCAAGUGUAGACUGGAGGGUAACUCUUUCAAGUGCAACUGCACCAAGCCAUAUUUUGGAGAUAAAUGCGAGAAAGAUCCAUGCACAAUUAAUCCUUGUGCGAAUGGCGGCAAGUGUAGACUGCUGGGCACUUCUUUCAAGUGCGAUUGCAGUAAACCAUAUUUUGGAGACAAAUGCGAGAAAGAUCCAUGCACUAAAAAUCCUUGUGAGAACGGAGGAAAGUGUAGAUUACAGGGUAACUCUUUCAAGUGCAACUGUACUAAGCCAUAUUUUGGAGAUAAAUGCGAGAAAGAUCCAUGCUCAAAUAAUCCUUGUGCGAAUGGCGGCAAGUGUAGACUGCAGAGUAACUCUUUCAAGUGUGACUGCACUAAACCAUAUUUUGGAGAUAAAUGCGAGAAAGAUCCAUGCACAAAUAACCCUUGUGCGAAUGGCGGCAAAUGUAGACUGCAAGGUAGUUCUUACAAGUGCGAUUGCAAUAAACCAUAUUUUGGAGAUAAAUGCGAGAAAGAUCCAUGCACAAACAAUCCUUGCAAGAAUGGUGGUACCUGUACUCUACAAAGAGAUUCUUUUAAAUGUAUUUGUAAAGAUCAGUUUGUUGGUGACAGAUGUGAAAAUGAACUUACUACAGCAGUUCCUACAGCCAAGAGUACCAUUCCUUCAACUCAAACAAGUCCGGCCUACUCAACAAGCGUAAAAGUUUCAACUACAUCUCCUUCAAUUUCCACAACAUAUGAACCACCAUCCAACUUCACAUUUGAUUUUAAUAAGACGACUUAUGAACCAUCCAAUUUCACACUUGAUUUUAAUGGAACAACUUAUGAACCAUCCAAUUUCACUCUUGACUUUAAUGGGACGACUUAUGAACCAUCCAAUUACACUCUUGACUUUAAUGGGACAACUUAUGAACCAUCCAAUUUCACUCUUGACUUUAAUGGGACAACUUAUGAACCAUCCAAUUUCACUCUUGACUUUAAUGGGACAACUUAUGAACCUUCCAAUUCCACACUUGACUUUAAUGGAACGACUUAUGAGCCGUCUAAUUUUACUAAUGACGUUAAUAUGACUUACGAGCCAACUCUUAUUACUAACGUGAGAAAUGCUUCAGAAACCACUCUAGUUGCUUUUACCACACCAAGUACUACUGUGACGACAAAAAAGCCAGGAGUAUGCGAUAUUAAUCCGUGCCAAAAUGGGGGAACUUGCAAGGAGGAAAACGGAAUCGCAAAGUGCGUCUGUCCUUCUCCGUACACAGGAGAGAACUGCACAGAUACUAAUUGGUGCACGGAAGGUGAAGGUAAAGAACUUUGCGAAGGAGGAGGUUGUACGUUUGACUUACAGGCCAAAUUAGGUCGCUGUACAUGUGCAGAGAAUCAGUAUUACAAUUAUGAGAGAAAACAAUGCGAAGUUGUGGAUCUGUGUCCAUUUAUGGCCAUAAAAUGCAAUGAAGCAAACAACGAAGUGUGCAAAAAUGGAGCUUGUCAAUGCAAAGAAGAUUUUAUCCUGAGUGGUAAAAAAUGCGUGCCCAAUUUCUGUGCCUUGCAUCCCUGCGGCGAAAAUGAAGAAUGUGAAGACAUUGAAAGUGAUCCAGGAUAUGUGAAAUGCAAGUGCAAGAAAGGAUAUAUUUUCAAUGGAGAAUAUUGUAUGGAAGGAAAUGUGUGCAGUAUUCCAAGCAUCUUGAAAUGUCAACAAAUGUGUGAUAUUGACACAGAAAGCUGUGCCUGUUAUCCAGGAUUCACUCUGCAACCGGACAGCAGAACUUGUGUACGUGAAAACACCACUGAACUCUGCUCUGUGAAUUGUGGCGUUGGAGACUGUGUUGAGAUAGGUGGCAACGACACAUGCCUGUGUCCCCCGACACAUGUUUUUAAUGGAUCUACCUGUGUCGAUCUAUGUACCGCAAAUCAAAUUCCAGAAGGACUGUGUCCCGGUAACGCCUGUGUGGUAGAUAAAAAAUUGGUGUUUAAAUGCAAAUGUGUCGGAAAAUAUACCUAUGAUGACACUGGAUUCACUUGCAGAAAAAAAUUUAUGUGCACUGAAGGAGCAGGCAAAGAAAUUUGUAAAAAGAGAAACGCUAUCUGCAUGGAAGAUUUUGAUCAUCCUGAUGGUUUCUUGUGUGAGUGUGGGAAAGGGUUAGGCAUGGAUACAGAUGGAACAUGUAAAAGAAAAUGUGACCUGGAUUCUCAAAAAAAAGAGUGCAGUCGAAAAGGAGCUAUUUGCGAUAUGGACGGAUAUGAAGCUCUUUGUAGAUGUCCUCCAUUAUUGACGCUCGGCCCGGAUGGUCGAUGCUCAGACUUAGUGAACGCAUCCUACAAUGGGGAACUUCUUCUUUCCCUUGAAAGAUAUUCGACAAAGAAACUGUUGUCACCUGCUUCCCAUGCCGGAACUCAAGAUGGCUCCAUCGACAUGAAUGCAAUCCGUCAGGACCUCAGAGCAUCAAUGCAUGUAUUGUAUGGAAAGAAAUAUCAGUUUGCAGACGUGUGGAAUUGCAGCAUUGUGAAUAAGAAACUGAAAUGCCUAAUAGAAUUGAGGUUCCAGUCGGAUCCACAUGAUCAGGUGAAAUUGAUAUUCGAUUCGAAUUCUUGCUUGUCCGUUGAUAAAGAUACCUGCUUCAUACCACCAAAGUUGUUGAUUGACAAGGACAGCCAGAAAACAGGUACUUUAGCAGAAACAGAUCCAUGCUUGGAAAUCAUAAGUAAAGAUUAUUGUGGACGUGACACUGAAUGCAAAAGGAAGCAGGGCCUUAGUUUUGAAUGCGCAUGCUCGGAAGGAUUAGAGUCUUUUAGCUUCUAUAAACCUUUAAGCGAUCCUAACACUCUCAUCCAUCACUGCCAAGAUAUCGACGAGUGCAAGCAGAAGACGGCCUGCCCAAACACGACCACUUGCUUCAAUGUAUACAAAAGCUACCAGUGUAUGUGCCUAAAAGGUUUUAAACCCCCGGCAGAAAAUUCUGAUCUCAAACGAAGUGGAUGCAUUGAUAUUUGUAAUCCAAAUCCUUGCAAGCAUGGAAAAUGCGAAAUAAUCGGAGAUGUUUACGGUUGCAAAUGUGAUACUGACUACACUGGAUUUGAUUGCAAUGAAGUGCUCUACAAUACAGCCGGGAAAGAAGGAAUGAAAACAGCUUUGAUAAUUUUAUCAGUUUUGGUCGUUCCAUUGAUACUACUAUCGGUGUAUAUGAUGUAUCAAUACAGAAUCCUCAAGAAAAGAUCUUUCAAAUCUAACUACUUCGAUGAUCAGAGCUCAACAAUUAAUCUUUUCCAUGAAUCAAAUACACCUAGUGCGGUCAGUCACAAAAGGCAAUCCACCCACUCUUUCCGAUCGACUCGUCUCUGCUUUCUGCCACCGAGCAACCAAUGAGGAGUCACGAGGAAUAAAAAAGACACCAACAUUCAGCUGUCGGACAUCAUUUGUGUUAAAUCAUAGAAUCAUAGGAAUUAUCCAUUCCCAUCAAUGAACAUUUCGAAGUCAUGUAAAGAGAGAACAUCUCAAAUGUUAUAUUUUUUCCUUCUGGGAAACGAUUGACUGUCAUGUUUGUUCUGUGCUGAACAAUUGUUAUAUAUCCUAGAUCAUUUUAUCAUUACACAUUUUGAAAAUAAAUUUUACAAAUG